CCCCCCAUGAUGGCCCAACUGUUACAGCAGCCUCAACAACUUCUCGCCGAGCCUUUCCCCCAGCCGGAAGGCUACACCCAGCUUAAUGUCAGGGAGCAGGCGUAUAAUCCAAGGUUCUACGAGACUGUCGGCAAGAUCAUGAAGCUCCGCGAGAAAUACCUCCGUGAUCGCUGCAUCUUCGUCGAGUCUGCUGACAUGAUCGAUAUUGUGUUGGGCCUUGGCGCCAAUGAGGCCGACCUCCCUAAGAUGGAGAAAGUCUCAGACCAUUUGUAUCACGACCCUACUCUGCCUUUCCGCUUGACUCGCAACAGCCGCUUUUGCCUUGAUUUUGACACCCACACCAUACGCCGCCUGGAAUUCCAGCCCUUUGUCCUGACUGUUGAGGAGGACUUCAACCGCUACGACUCUGGGGCCAUUCGCCGCUUUGACGAGGUCCAAAACGAACUGCAGCUCAACUCAGUCUUCCAAGCGCUGUUCGCCUUCAAGGCUAUGGUUAUCCACGGCGUGCAAAUUGCCCACCGUCCCAAGCUGGAGUAUGGCAUCAACAAGUGGGUGUGCACCCUGUUUAACCUCCGUACUGUCACCACCCCCCACAUUUUGGGAGAGCCGGCACUGGAGGGUGUGCACUCUGAUGGUGUCGACCAUACCAUGACAACCUUUCUGGGGAGCUACAACAUGUCGGACAACAGCGCCGCCACCUUUAUGCACGACAUGGAUGAGAAGACGGGCAUUCCCUUGGAAGAGAUCAAGCCCAAGCACCUGCUCGCACGGGUCCAGCACAAGAGACUGCUUGAUACUCUCAUGAUUGUCGACCAUGAGCGUAAACACAGCCUGUCUGCAGUUUAUCCCGUUGACGAGACCAAGGAGGCUCAUCGCGACAUGCUUGUAUUCUUCACUCGCAAGCCUGUGGAGAGAACGCAUGUAUCCGGGUCCAUCGACUCUCUCACACCACACAAAGAACUCCCCAUGGAAAUCCCUCUGUAUCUCCCUGGUGCCAACCAGUAAAGAGAGACGUCAUACGUAUCAAGGAUUGGCCAAAAGAAUGUACGCACUAGGGGGGUAGUGCUUAGACAAGGAAGCGGGUGAUCACCUUCGAUCUCGUUAGUCGCAUUAGGCCAACGGGUCUCAGAGCUAUGUGGGCGCUGCAUAGCUUACUGGCCCCCUCCAUGUCUCCGAUUUUCCCGCCUAAUUUCCUUGCCCCGGACCUAAAACAAGAUCUUGGAAAAGGCAGAUGGCAAGAGUGCAGAAAAGGGAUUUCUCAUGUCCCUUGUUGAGGCUGAUGUUAGCUCUCAGGCGAGAGGCAAUGGAUUGGCAAGGUUGGAUUCGUUUCAACUGCCUUGGCCUUCGAUACAUACCUUUAUGUUUGAUG